UUGGAAGGGUCGAGUUGGUUUACCGAAAAGUCUAUGUGACAUUAUACACAAGAACCUCCCUCAAAAGUGCUGAUUGUUGAUAGUAAAAAGUGGAGUUUGUCAAACAGGGGGCUCAAAAAUGAAGGUGAAGGAACUCUUGAAGACUGUGAAUGUGGCCUGGUCGCCACCGGCCCAGCAUCCGAUUAUGCUGGCUGCCGGCACUUCUGCUCAACAGCUAGACGCUAGUUUCAAUACGUCUGCCAGUCUUGACUUGUACCUGCUGGGGCUGCAGACACCUGGGUAUGACAUGGAGCUGAGGGCCAGUGUACCCAGCGAUCACAGAUUCCACAAGAUAAUCUGGGGCUCCUACGGUGCCUCCCCCUCCGGCAUAAUCGUCGGUGGCUGUGACUACGGCACCAUAAAAAUCUACUCGGCCUCAAAGCUCCUCUCAUCCGACCAAGACUGCCUCCUGAGCAGUCCAAAUCGUCACACAGGUCCAGUGCGCGCGCUGGACUUCAACCCCUUCCAAUCAAACCUGCUGGCGUCGGGCGCGACCGAGUCCGAGAUCUACAUCUGGGACAUCGUGAACACCGCCACCCCGAUGUCCCCAGGCUCGCCCUCAAAUCCCCCCGAGGACGUCCAGUACAUCCAGUGGAACAAGCAGGUCCAGCACAUCCUGGCCUCGGCCUUCACCCAGCGCUGCAUCAUCUGGGACUUGAGGAAGAACGAGGCGAUAAUAAAGCUGUCCGACGCCAACUCCAAAAUCCGGUGGAAGACCCUCCAGUGGCAUCCGGAGAUGGCGACGCAGUUGUGUCUGGCCUCUGAGGACGAUCAGACACCGAUUAUUCAGCUCUGGGACCUGCGUUUCGCCUCGUCACCACUGAGAACUCUUCAGCAUCAUCAGCGAGGCGUUCUCUCCAUUGCCUGGAGCACCCACGACCCCGACCUCCUGCUCAGCUGUGCCAAGGACAACACGAUCCUCUGCUGGAAUCCAAAUGCAGACACUCCAGGGGGCCAAGUCCUCUGCGAAUUGGCCCAGACGAGCCAGUGGAACUUCGACGUCUCCUGGUGUCCGAGGACACCUGGGCUCAUUGUGGGCAGCAGCUUCGAUGGUCAUGCUGUCGUCUACUCCUUACUCGGGGGCUCUCAGGGACAGCCUCAGGGGAACGCCAAUCAGAUCGUGGACUCCUUCCCUGGGAUGGAUCCGUUCGUUCAGGCACCUGCGGUCGUGUCUGAGCCAGCUCCCGCCCUGGGGAAGGCCCCCAAGUGGCUCAGGAGACCUGCUGGCGUGUCCUUCGGGUUCGGGGGGAAGCUCACCAUUUUUGAGAAUGAACCUGCUGACGGCAGUGCUGGAACUCCACCCAGGAGGGGGGUCAUUGUGUCGCAGGUCAUCACCAAUCCCGAGAUGAUUAAGAGGUCCAAUGAGCUCGAGAGUGCAUUGAAGAGCGAACAGUUCUGGGAUUACUGCCAGGGGAAGAUUGAACAGGUGCAGGACGAACAUCUCAGGAGGAUCUGGAAGUAUGUCGGGGCUUAUUUCAGUGAGGACGUCACGAAAAGGUUUCUGGAGCUCCUGGGCUACAACCUAGCUGAAAUAAACGAAAAGUUACAGAGAUUCGUGCCCGAAGAGGACCUCGACCCAGUGACUGAUGGAGUAUCCAAGACCCAUUUGGAGACACUUCAGAAUGGAAAUAAUUUCGAUCCAACAGCUGCAUUCGACGCUAUUGCCCAGCAAGAAUUGAAGAGAUCUCCAGUGAAGGUCAGGGACAGCAGUCUGAAGCUGAACACCAGUGACGAUGAGGACGGUCUGAUCACCCAGGCAAUCCUAGUUGGUAACAUAGAGGCGGCUGUUUCCUUGUGCUUCAGCAGCAAACGUUACGCCGACGCUGUCAUCCUCUCGAUGGCUGGGGGUCCAGACCUGCUGGCCAGAACCCAGUACAGAUAUUUCUCAGAGCACACUGGGGUCCUCAAUUCACUCAUCAAUUUUGUGGUGAGUGACAACUGGGGGGAGAUCGUGGGGAACUGCGACGUCAACUGCUGGAAGGAGACACUCGUGGGGAUCUUCACGCACUCCAGUGCUGAGGAGAGAUCUGCACUCUGUGAGGCCCUUGGGGAUCGGCUGAGCUCAACUGACGAUGCGGAGUUAAGGAGACAGGCGCAGAUAUGCUACAUCUGCUCGGGGAAUCUGAGUAAAGUUAUUCAGGUUGGGGGAACUGGGGUGCAGGACACUGUCGAGCUGGUCAUGGUGCUGAAGAGGGCACUGGAGAUGCAGGGGAGCAGGAACGUUAAGGUGGAUGGGCACAUUGGAAGGGUCUUGGCACAGUAUGCAGAACUACUGGCCUCUGAGGGAGAUCUCGAUGCUGCACUGGGCUAUCUGAAGAGUGGGGAGGAGGGAGGGAUGGGAAUGUUGAGGGAUAGGCUGUGCAAGGCGCUGCAGUACGUUCAGGGCGCGGUGCAGCAGCCAGGGAGGCCAGGACAGGGGCAGCCACAUGGACAACAAGUGCAGGGACAGGGCUAUGCUCAGAAGAGCCAGCAGGGGAUUUAUGGCGGUGGGCAGCAGGGACAGAGUGCAUAUUCACAGAAUCAUCACGGGUGGAAUGCCAACAACUGGAAUGUUAAUCCGGUGCAGAACUCCUGGGGAAUGUCUCAGGUGCCUCCAGUGCAGACUGCCCAGCCCCUACCGUCUCAACCUCUCCAGCCCCUCCAGCAGCCACCGAAGACCUACGGUCAACCCCUGACGAUUCUCUCCCCAGCAACACCCCCCACUGCCCCUCCCCCAAUGCAGACUGCUGGCAGCUCUCACAGUGGCUCGAGACCCUCCAGUGUGGGCCCCUCAUCCAGGCCCAAGUACAUGAUCGAUCCCUCUGUGAAGAGUCCUUCGUCCUAUGGAGGAUAUGGACAAGGGUAUCAAGCACCCAAUCAAGUGUUUGGGUACCAGGGCCAGGGGGGAUAUCUGGGCGGACAGGGGUAUGGAGAGACUGAAGGAUUCAAGGGUCAAGCGAGUUUGAUGACACCUAGUUUACCCGCACAACCGCCUCAGGGCAUUUUCGAUCCGACGAUGGGCCAAGGGGCCCAGGGCGGAGCUUUCGGAGGGAACAGUGAACCUUCUGCUUAUCAACCCACACCACAACCCGCUGGGUGGAAUGAUCCUCCCAUUGCCAAGUCCAGAACUCAGCCACAAACAAACGACUUCUCAGCUCAGAAUCCAAUUCUUCAUCCGUUGAGAGGAGCUAUGCCACAACAAGAUUAUAAUGCACCUGAAGAGAAUUAUCACCAAGACCCUCACAACCCUUACGGCCAGCCACAGUACAAUCAAACAAUCCUCAAUCCAUCGAAUCAGUUCAACCCACCCAUGGGUUACGAGCAACAUAAUCAACAUCCUCAUCAGUACCAGCCACAGCAGCAUCAACCCCCUGUUCAGACCGCUAGAGUGGCUGAACCUGAAGCACCCAAGGCACCCAUUCCUGAGGAGCAUGUCCACCUCAAGACAGUGUUGGAUGAGUUGAGGAUCCGGUGCUAUGAGUCAGCGAAAAAUCCACAGACUAAACGGAAGAUCGAGGAUGUUGCUAGGAAACUUGAAGCUCUGUACGAUUGCCUGAGGGAUAAAUCCCUCUCACCAAACACUCUCCAAGGACUCCAUCAAAUCUGUCAAUCGAUCCAGGGAGGAAAUUACACAAAUGGAUUGAGCAUACAUACUCAAUUAGUAUCAGGACCUGAUUUUAGUAGAAUUGCCCCCUUUAUGCCUGGGAUCAAAGUAUUGCUGCAGAGUGCACUCCAACUUGGUGUUUACGUAACGUAAAACCGAAUGAACGAAUUUCUAACGUUUUUUCGUAUUCAAAGCCUUAUCAGAGGGGUGAAGUGAUGGAAAUGGUGAAUUAGCUGCUGAAUCAAUGAGUUAAUGAAUAGUGAUUCAAUUGACAUUGAAUCCUGAAUUAUUUGGUUGUUCAUUAAUUGUUGGUGAUCGAUCAAUUUUUAUACUUUAAUAUAGAGCAGUCAGCAAAACCUAGUUUUUAUUCAUUUUGCACGUCCCAUUAGUAUUUUAACAAUUUUUUUUGUGGUUUAAUUAAUCAAUAAUCUGUUGAGGAAUUAAAUAUUUUAUAUCGAUCCAGUACGCUGCCAACUGUAAUUAAUCGAAUAUUAGUUAGUAAAUUAACUAAAUACACUGUGCAAUUACUGAUAAUUAUUGAAUUUAUAUUUUUAGAAAAUUUAGUUUCAUUCGAAAUGGUUCAGAACGUGAAGAAAUUUAUUUCCAGUUAUUGAUUCGAGUUUUUAAUCAUUAGAAAUUUAAGGAAAUCUGUGUACGUGAUACGCCAAAGUACUUUUAUAAAAUCCGUUUGAAUAAAUUCGAUGAGAAAUGGA